GCCUCUGGCAGUCGCAACGUGCUAGGAGUGAGGAGAGCGCCGGGACAUCCGGACCCCAGGAGUCCACCUGUGCAGGAUCCUGUGGGCACUGAAAUCCAACGUACCCAUGCUUAUUUCCUGUAAUGGACAAACUUGAUGCUAAUGUGAGUUCCAACAAGGGUUUUGGGUCAGUGGAGAAGGUUGUGCUGCUCACAUUUCUCUCAGCGAUUAUCCUGAUGGCCAUCCUGGGCAACCUGCUGGUUAUGGUGGCUGUAUGCAGGGACAGACAGCUCAGGAAAAUAAAAACCAAUUAUUUCAUUGUAUCUCUUGCCUUUGCCGAUCUGCUGGUUUCGGUGUUGGUGAUGCCCUUUGGUGCCAUUGAGCUGGUUCAAGACAUCUGGAUUUAUGGGGAGAUGUUUUGUCUGGUCCGGACCUCUCUGGAUGUCCUGCUCACCACAGCAUCAAUUUUUCACCUGUGCUGCAUUUCACUGGAUAGGUACUAUGCCAUCUGCUGCCAACCUCUGGUUUACAGAAACAAGAUGACCCCUCUACGCAUCGCGUUGAUGCUCGGUGGCUGCUGGGUCCUCCCCAUGUUCAUCUCUUUUCUCCCCAUAAUGCAAGGCUGGAACAACAUUGGUAUAGUUGACUUGAUAGAGAAAAGGAAGUCCAACCACAGCUCUAACUCAACAUACUGCAUCUUCAUGGUCAACAAACCCUAUGCCAUCACCUGCUCCGUGGUGGCCUUCUACAUUCCGUUUCUCCUCAUGGUGCUGGCCUAUUACCGCAUCUAUGUCACCGCAAAAGAGCAUGCCCACCAGAUCCAAUUGUUACAACGAGCUGGAGCUCCCUCUGAAGGCAGGCCCCAGCCAGCAGACCAGCACAGUACCCAUCGCAUGAAGACAGAAACCAAGGCAGCCAAAACAUUGUGCAUCAUCAUGGGCUGCUUCUGUCUCUGCUGGGCUCCCUUCUUCGUCACAAAUGUUGUGGAUCCUUUCAUAGACUACAGCGUCCCUGGACAGGUGUGGACUGCUUUCCUUUGGCUUGGCUAUAUCAAUUCGGGGUUGAACCCGUUUCUCUAUGCCUUCUUGAAUAAAUCUUUUAGACGUGCCUUUCUCAUCAUCCUCUGCUGUGAUGAUGAACGCUACAGAAGGCCUUCCAUUCUGGGCCAGACAGUCCCCUGUUCAACCACAACCAUUAAUGGAUCCACACAUGUGCUGAGGGAUGCAGUGGAAUGUGGUGGCCAAUGGGAGAGUCAGUGCCACCCUACAGCAACUUCUCCUUUGGUGGCUGCUCAGUCCAGUGACACUUAGGCCCCUGGGACAGUGACCCAGAAGACAGCUGUGGCUCCAAUCGAGACCAGGUCCUAAGCUGCUGCUUGUGCAUGACUGCACGGGGCACUCUCUACAACCAAGGCCUUCCAACAGCAUACAGUAACACUGGGCUUUCCUCUGGGAUUCCAGCAGCUGGCAUUUGAGGGAGUCAGGGGACAGAGGGCCUCCUAAUUCCCUUUUGCUUGCCAGAGUUUCUUCUUCCUGGAGUCUGUAGUCUUGCUUGAACAUCUCUAGUGUUCCUGGCAUACACAUCUCCUUGCUGUUCACAGUCUGUCUUGCAAGCAUUCACUGUGCUAGAUUCUCAGUUUCCAAAUACGCCUUCUUUGCCGUGUCCUCUCACAGAUAUUGUCAAAGCACAUACUCUGCAUGCCUGUGUUGGUCACAUUUCUUGCUUGGUCACAUCUGCCACAGCUGUGUUCAAACAACCACAGUCCUUUCUUUUUUCUGUUCUGGGCACUUAUACACCCCACCUCACCCCCAUGUGUCUGGGUGCAAGCAUGCAUCCUCUUAGCCAGCCCUGUGUCAGUCACAGACCUCCGCUUGCCCUUUCUUGUGUCAGUGUUCUGUUGAGGGCCAGCUCUCUUCAUUUGCCAUGGAGGACAUGGAAGACAGGCUUGUCAGUGAGAAAUGAUCUCCGCAGCAACCUUGGAGGGAAGCUGAACACAGCUUCCCCUAGUACCAGGACCAGGCCCUGUCUUGUCUGAGGUGUUUACUUUCCUGUCAGCUAGGAUGAGACAUUUAAAGAACCUUAGGCAAGGCUGGCAGUAUUGUGGGUGUUAAGAGAUGCUGAAAUCUUUUCCAAGAGCAUGUGGUGAAACCCACAGUACCAAUUCAAAGCUUUCCAAUUUGACUUUGCUGCUCACCAUGGAAAGAACUGAUGGAACACAAUACUGUGUGUGUGACCAUCUCACUCGUGGUCUCCCUUAGGUGGAAAGUGCAGAGCCCAGGAGUGCUGGGAGUGGGAAACAUGUCUGACUCCAAGUCAGAGGACCUAGAUGUCGGUCCUGGCUCUCUAUGAUCCUAAAGUGGCUGGAAUACCUUGAGCAAUGUCCGUCCGUCUCUGAAACUUGCUUUCUAUGUUUGCCAACUGAAGCUUGGAGUGUGUGUCUUGGGGCAGGGGAGGCGUCUUUAAGAUUUCUUUCCGUUACUAGGACAACACAAUGCUGCCAUAGUCAGCCCUCUGCUACCUCAAAAAGCCUUUUGACUUAAUUUCAAAGGAACUUCAUUCCUAAUUUGGGCCUUCCAAAUGCCUCAGCUGGUCAGCCCUGCCCUUCCAGUUAAUUAACCUGAUGUCUUUCGCUCAAAGCUGAUAGUCCCAGCAAUUCCAGAUCAAAGGUCCCAGAGAGGAAAGCACCACUUCCCAGAGCCAGGUGAGGUUUCAUCUUUCAUCUUGGCUAUGGUUUGAUACGUCUCAGGGUUAAUUACCAGAUUCUUUUCUGGAGCUGCUCAUGAAGUAUCACUUCCAUUCCUGUUUAUGUUGACUUUAGUUCUGAAAUUGAACUUGAUAGGAAAGAGACUGUGGCAUGAGGAAGAAGGACUACCACGACCAUCCAUUGCCAAAAAGAAUUCUCUGUCAUGUGAAGGUUAUUUUUCCUGGACACAAAGUCUUUCUUUAGCAAAGGGAAGUAGGCUCUGAAAGAGAACUCCCGGAAGCUGCUGAGAAGUAUUGCUCAGUGCUGAAAUGAUUCUUGUGAAGACUGAUCUGCUAGAGUUCUGACUAGGCAUCCAUUCUUGUCAAACAUGAAGGGAAUUGAAGUUCUGACUUGCAUACUGACUCUGUGGCUGGGUUUUCAAGUCCUUGCUCCCUUGUUGUCACUAGACUCGGCAUCCAUUUGGAAGUAAGCACCAUUUUAAUGGUGGUUCUUUUCUAAUACAAAGAAAGAAGCAGCAAGCUACCAGGACCCAUAGAUCUGGACCUGGUGAUGAGAGUCAACCUGCUUUGGCUGCCCAUGCACUCAUCACCUCCGUGAGCAUGUCGAUAAGAAAGUGGCAUGUGCACUAAGUCAAUGGCCGACUUACUGAGUGGAUAGAACCGAAAGUUGAACGUCUCUGACCUCAGAAUCUCUUUUGCUUACUUCAUAUAAGCUGCUUCGGAGAUAAAUAACGUUUAUGGAGACAUUCUGUAAAUCAUAAAAUGAUAUUCUAUAUGUUUAUUAUUUUUAUGGAUGUUUUGAAUUACUGUAAGCAUGCCUGCGCCCUCAAGGGCUAAGGAUGUAUUCGCUAAGAGAUGAGAUCAGUUUAGAGCAUGAGGUUUCUGUGUUGGAAACCAAACUGAAGGCAGCCGUGGGGUAUCAGCUCCUCCAAAACUGCCAGUCCUCAUUUGGUGACUCCACAUUGCUCAACACGUGGAUUUAGUAUCACACUCUCAUUUAAAAGAACUGUGUCAUUCUCAAAGUAAAAGGGUGAACAGAGAAAGAUGGAGGCUAAUUUUGGUAAAAAUUAGCCCUAUUUUACAAACAACUUUGCAGUAACAUGAACUAAGUUCCUAUGCCUGUUUUCCAUGUUAAAAUGUAUUUGGAGAAAAAAGUCCUUGGCUGUAAAAUGAAUUCCCACCAAACACAUAUAAUUCUAUUAAAAUCAAAUGUGGACCAGACUGUGAAUUAUUCUCUGAUAAGAUUGUUACAUAAAGAGUCUACAAAGCUACUGAACCGAAUAACUUUUGACGUUUCCUGGUCUGAAAGUCAUGUAAGUGGCUAUUGAUAAUGGCAUAAGGUUAUUUUAUCUAAUACCUUUAUUUUUGUUUACAUUUUUUGAAGAAGAGCUACAAAUGGGGCCACUUGUGUAGUUUAUAAUGCUGAGCCCCCUUGUGUAAUCAGUAUAUUAAGUGUAUGUAUUCAGAACUCUAAGUUUAACUUUUAUAAUUUUAGAGGAUGACAUUUUGAUGAUGUGUUUUAUGAGAUUGCUGGUUAUUGGUUGAAGGUGUUUAAGGUAUUCAGAUCCCUGAUUGUAACCUUGUUUCCACGAAAGCAUCAUUAGUUUCAUGAUAAGUACUUUGUGAUGCAAUUUCUAGGAAUAUGUUUUUGGAAAAAUGGGGUUUUAUUGAUUAAUUCUAAUUAUUGAUGAAUAUUGACACAUAUGUUUAUAUGAA